UGCAAGUUUUGUAACCGUCACAUUCGAAAUAAAAGCUGUUGUUUGCGAACUGAGUUUGUGUUUUAAAGUGCGUUAUUUUAACAGAUUUUAAAGGUUAUUUUACUUUAAAUCACAUUUUUAAUGUAAUUAGUGGUCCAAUUUAGUUAUUUUAAGUCACUUUAAAAUGUCUUCAAGAGGUGAUACAGGGACUGAUAGCAUGGAAACAGAAGUGCAAAACCAUUCAUCUGUGCCAAAAAAAAAAAGCGGCAGAAGAAAGAAAAUCCGACAUACAGAAGAAUUAAGAAUUGACCAAACUUUAUGUGACAGUGAUGUUUCGUUUAAAAAAACCACAAGAAAAACACGUAUAAAUGAUAAAAAAGCGUUUCUGCCGAAGAUUAAUAUGGGUUUUGAUGAAUAUUCAAAAGAGAUUGAACAAAGUACAUCUUCGGAGCCUGAAAAAGUGGUCAAGAAAAGAGGUAGAAAAAAGAAGAGAGGAUCAAAGGAUAAAGAAAAUAUGCAGCCUUUAAAAACAAGUGAAACUGACUCAGAAACUGAUAAAUCAAAGGUGGAAUCAGUAAAAAAUCGUAGACAUGAUCGUAGAGGAAGAAGUCGAAAGGCAAUAUCCUCCCCCGAGUUCGCCAACAAUGAAAUAAAAACUGUUUUUGUGGAUGAAGAAUGCAGUAAUAAAGAAAAAUCUAAAAAUUCUCCAACUAGCCUAAAAAAUCCACCAUGUAGUAACCUACAGGAGGAAACUUUAAAAACGAAAACCCCUGUUCGAAGAAGUCUAUCUUCAAAGCACAGGUCCCAAAGCAUAUUGAAGAAAAGACGCUCUAGAAGCUUGGAGAAUUAUUCUACACCUCCAAUUACAAGAAAAUCUGUAAGAUUCCACUCCACUCAACCAAAAAAAGUGAGAAGAGAAACUUACGACAAGGUAAAUGAAGAAAGUUUAAAUGAAAACAAGGAAGAAAAUAUUUCAAUUAUUUCUAUAAGUUCAAGUCCUGAAACAAUAGACAUAAGAACACCAGGUGAAGUGAAAAGGAAGAUUUCCAACAGAAAUGCUACACCAGCUGCAAAAAGAUCUUCAUCAUUUAAAAUUAAAGAAAGUACUGAAUCACCAAAUGAAAAUAGAAGAUCUAUUAGAAAUAAUAAAAAUGCAGUUCAAUUAUUUACAAAUGAAGAUAAGAAAACUUUACAAACACCUGGUAAAUUGGAAAGAUCAUCAACAUUUACAAUAGAAGAUUCUCCUAAAGUGAAGAAAACACCCAACAAAAAGGCAACAAUUGAAGGAAGUGCAACUCCUGGAAAAUCAACAAGAUCUUUGACUUUCACCAAUGAGGAUUCUUCAAAACCAAAUAAAACACCAAGUAAAUCAAUGAUUAAAGAAAACAAAAAAUCACAAACAGGUGGUCUAGCCAGAUCUUCAACAUUUACAAAUGAAGAUUCACCAAAAGGAAAGAAAACUGCAAUUGAAAAAAAACACAAGUUUACUAGAUCUUUGGCUUUCUCACAAGAAGAUUCACCAAUAGUGAAGAAAACCACAAUUGAAGAAAAACCCAUGUUGACUAGAUCUUCCACAUUCACAAAUGAAGAUUCACCAAAAGUAAAGAAAUCGCCCAACAAAGAAAAUAUAACAUUUUCAACUUUCACUCAAGAAAUUUUGCCAAAAGUAAACACAAGAAGAACUUGGAAUUUAGAAAAACCUGGCCCAAGCAAAAUUGAAGAAAAAGAAGAGGAUUCAACAAUAAUAAAGAAAACUAAAAGAAGGACAUGGAAUAAAGAACAUGCAGUUGUAAUAAUAAAUGAAGCAGUAAUUAAAACUCCUGAGAAAUCAAGAUCCCUUAUAGUUGCUAACGGAAAAACACCAAAAAAAUCGAUAACCACAACUCCUGGAAAACCCACAAGAUCUUCAUUAUUAAAAAAAUAUUCACCCAAAACAAAGAAAACGCCAAGAAAAUCGAUAAUAACAGGGGCAAACUUAGUAACGCAAGGUAAAACAACCACAAUUGAAAACCCCACAAGGUCUUCAUUCCUCAAUUAUUCUUCAAUUAUUGACAAAUCGCCAAUAUUAAAAAAACCAACUAGAGUCGAAGAAAAUUUGAGAAAAAGUGUUAGUUUUACUUUGGAAAGUAAAAAUGUGCCUUCUUUAGGAGAAAGAAAAUCUGCGAGUUUUACUGUUCUUUAUUCAGAAGAACCAAGAAGACAGUCUUCAAGUUUUACGAUUGCAUCUGGUGAAAUGGAAAUGGAAGAGAAUUUGCCUACUGGGCGAAAUGCAAAAUUGGAAAAUUUGCCGGGUCAAUCCAAAAGAUCGCGAGCUAAAGAAACUAGAAAGUCGUCCAGUUUCACAGUGACAAAAAAAGAGUUGGAAAAUUUGGCAGGUCCAUCCAAAAGAUCAUCAAGUUUUACGGUGACAAAAGAUGAUAACUCGAUAAUAUCCGAAUCUAUCCUAAUGGGAUUUACAAUGACGCCAGGGGAUAAUCUUAAUUUAAGUCUAGAUGAAUCGAUAAAAUUGUUUGGUGGGCGUUUAGAGAAGGCCAAAUCGCCUCAAAAGGUGCUUGAAGAAGCUGGAAAAGCUUUAAAUGUUUCCAAACACGUUACGCCGUUUUUGAAGAGACUGAAGGCGAAGAUACAGACCCCUCCCAGUGGCACAAGUACUCCAAAAGAUAAAAAAGAGAAAUUUUUUAAGAAAACACUUGAAAAAAGGUUCUUGGAAAAUGAAAUGAGUGUUAAUAAUGUGUCCAAGAACGUUUCUAGUGACUCCAAUAAGAAAAUCUUACGUACUAAAAUACCGAACUUUGCUUUAAUACAUCAAAGGGCGUUGAAUAAAGUCGAGGAUAUAAAACAAAUGCAAGAGCGUAAAAACGAGCGCGCCAAAAUGUUACUAUCGGGUCAAAAACCUACUCUGGGCGUAGCGGUUAGCCCGAUGAACAAAAAAUCGAAGAAAAUGUUGGAAUUCUCCAGCGGUACCUCCGGCGAACAACCAGAAUAUAACGGAACACCAAAAGCAGGAAGAAAAAAUGUCGCCAAUAUGAGCAAAAUUAAAAACUCAACCAUUGUCAGCAAAAUCAAGAAUGAUCCCCAUAUAAAAAAGCCGGUAAAUCUUAAAUCGCAAAUUCCGGUAAGACCCGCUCAAGGACAGAACACAUCUGCAAAACAGGCCACAAGGUUCGGUUUUAGGACCGAUCAAAAUAUCACAAAGCAAGAUCAAGUUAAAGCUAUUAUUACUAAAAGCAGACCCAUCAGAAGUUCUAUGGAACAGCGCAGGAAAGUUUUGACUGGUGUCAGAAGCAAUAGGAGAUUUGAACUUCUGAUGGCAAUGAGAAAUAAAAAGAAAUAAUUAUUGUAGUUUUUACUUAGCCAGGAAACUCCAGGAAAAAAAUGUUAUUCGUUUAAUUUUACAAUAAAUACAAAAUAUAAAAACACGUUUUGGGUGAUUGCCCAGGAAAACAUUUUAUUUCUAUCCAUAGUAUUUACCUAAAACUAAUUUUUAUAAAAUAUAUA